CCAAAAGAAUGUAACAGAUUGUAAAUUGCCAAAAUUAUGGAUGAUACCCCCACUCUUUGAUACUUUAUAACAAAAAGGUUAAGUUAGGCUUGAGUAGCAGAUACAAGCAGAGACAUCACGAAAUUUUAAGACACUGACACUAAAGAUCAACAUAUUUCUUUGACAAGUAAUGGCUGUCAAAGGAUUAGUUGCUGCGAUAGUUCAAUUUCUGACCCAUCAGUUGGAGGAUGGGGAUAUUACAGCAGAUUCGCGUGAAAGUCUUGAAGUAGCGAUUCAAUGUUUAGAAACAGCGUAUAGCGUACAAGCUAGUGAUACUCCUGCAAAAUUUAAUUUGUAUGAAGUUUACAAGGCUGCUGUAGAAAAUGCUAAGCCAGACCUUGGUCCAGAAGCUACGCCAGAGGCAAAAGCUGAAGCUGAAAGAUAUAAGAAUGAGGGUAAUGCUCUGGUAAAAGCAGAAAAACUUGAAGAAGCCAUUAACAAUUAUACCAAGGCAAUUGAAUUGAACGCACAUAAUGCAGUUUAUUAUUGCAAUCGAGCUGCAGUCUACAGCAAACUUGGAAAUCACCAUCAAGCUAUUAAAGAUUGUCAUACUGCAUUAUCGAUCGAUCCUAUGUAUAGUAAAGCAUACGGACGUUUAGGCUUGGCGUACUCGAGUUUAGAGAGGCACAAAGAAGCCAAGGAAAGUUAUCAAAAGGCUUUGGAGAUGGAACCGGAUAAUGAAAGUCAUAGAAACAAUUUGCAACUAGCAGAAGAGAAAUUGGCUCGGCAAUGUGUUUGUAAUAUGGGAUUGGGAGGAACAACAGGAUCAGAUUUAAGUGCUAUGUAUAAUAAUCCUCCUCUAAUGAAUAUGAUAGAGCAAAUAUUAUCAAAUCCAGCUAUGCAGGAUGUAAUAAACAAUCUCAUCUCCAGGACGAACGUUGAACAUAGAGAACGGCGUAUGGAAGCAUUAAUUGAAGCGGGAUUACAAUUAGUACAGGAAAUGCAGAGUGAAAAUCUAGAUUUAUUGAUGGAUACUAUAAGAAGACAAAUGGGAGGAAACCCUAAUGAUCCUGAUCCACCGCAACAUAAUUAAAAUAAGCCUAUGUUUUAGAAACAACAACCUAAGAUUGAAAUAAGCAAGGUUGAUUUUAAUGUGAAAAAAUUUUAAGACAGUGGAGUCAUUUUUUUUUUUUUUUUUAUUAAACUGCAAAG